AUGGAAAGCGAGGACAAUGAAGCAGCCGUUACAAAGCAAGGCAAAAGAAGGAAGAAUAGUGGGAAGAAAACUUCCGCUGUUACUCCUAUUGAAUCAACUUUGGACGAAAGCGAAGACAAAGUGUCCAUUGUGGGGCGCAAUGUUGACAGUGAACCUGCCAAUCCAGAUGGUAACGAUAUGUCCAACAGUGACAGUGAGGAUGAUAACGACAAAGAGGAGGUGACAGAUUACUACGAUAAGAUGAAGCUUGCCAAACUCUGGGCUGUUAACAAAGAACACUUUGGCAAACAGCCCCAAAAACUCAGGAUGCAUGACAUCGUGCAGGUUCUUCGUAAGGAUGAUCUUGACAAUGAAAAGGAGAACCACACCGCAAACAAUAUAGCUUCUCGUCCAACUACUGUCAACUGA